AUGCCUAUGCAAUACAGACCAGCCGCUGAAGGUAAAGAGGUUAAACCAAACUCAAUUCCAUCACCAGGAAAUAACUCCUUCUUGGGUGAUAUUUUCACUUCUAAUCAACCAAAAGACAAGCAAAUUACAUGCGGGUUCUACAGACAAGAAAAGGGGGAACCAUUAGUUUAUGAAUAUGAUUUUGAUGAAAUGAAGAUUAUAUUGGAGGUCGAAGGUGAAUACACUUUAACUGAUGAAACUGGUCUUAAGGUCAAGGUUGCCCCCGGUGACGUAUUCUUUUUCCCAAAAGGUACAACUGUUACUUUUGAAACCACAGGCUAUGGUUUAGCUUUCUUUACAGGCUUAAGGCCAAAAAUGGAUUAA